GUUUCUUCGCUGCUGCAAAGGAGUUGCGCGGUUGUUUUCGUCAUCACACGAGCUGCUAAACUACUUUGACGGUAGGAGGCGCAGCAGGCGCCAUGGCGGCUUCCCUGUCGCUUGUUGUGCUCUACCCGAACGGUCACCGGCAGGUAUUCCACGUCAACUCGAAUGCCAGCAUAUUCCAGAUUCUGGAAGACGCCUGCAAGAAGCAACGCCUGAACCCGUCGGAAUACGAUUUGUACCAUCACGAGCGUCCACUGUCGCACAGCCUGCCGGUGUCGUUCACGAACCUUCCCAACAAUGCCGAGCUGGAGCUGCGGGCCGCUGCAAACGGGCAACGUCGGACCGCCAGCGUGGAUAUCUGCCUGCAGCUCGAAAACGGCGAGCGGCUCAUGGCAAAGUUCCCGGCCUCGGCGUCGCUGUUUGACGUCGUCUCCCACUGGCCUGACAACAUUGAGGUUCAAGAUGCGGACCAGAAAAUGGACCUGGUGUGUGUCUACAUGAGACAGGAGAUUGUUGGCACAGAGCAGCUGCGUGCAACGACGUUGCAAAACCUUGGUCUUACAAGUGGCAGGGCAGCCAUCAGGGUUUUACACAGACCCAAAGGCUGCGUGGUGCAGCAGGCCCACGUGAGCCGGCAUUUUGCGGUGCCCUUCAAGAAAGGAGAGGACCCGCCCGCUGCCCAGAACGUGAGCCCGACUCAGACUCAAGUCGCACCCACGAGCCCAACCAGGCCCACGUCUCCAAAACUGCCUCGUCCGGUGACUCCGGUACAAGACGUGGCCACCUCUCCAACAAGACCAAGAUCCGCCUCUCCAAAGGACGUUGACAUGAAAUCGCCGUCCUCCGGCCGGUCUCCGACUCGCGGCAACGACGCUGCCGACCACAAGGUUCGGUUCAGUCCUCCGCCGGCCACGACGAAGGCAGAAACCCCGACCGUGCGCGAGGAGGACAUCAAAUACAUUGGAGAGCGAAAGGCGGUACUUUUCAACUUGGAGCACUGCCCCCCAUUAAAAGCAGAUGAGUUUGGGGACAGCUUUUAUGAAGUCACCAUAGAGGAUGCCAAGUACCUCCUGGCAGACUACAAGAGGCAGAGGGACGCAUUGGAGAACCGUCCCCUGGAGACGCAGCAGCUGCGCGAGCAGCGGCAGGAGCGCCUCGCGAGACACUAUCCCGUCGUUCUGAUCAGGAUCUACUUUCCGGACCGGUACGUGCUUCAAGGAACAUUCCUGUCAGAGGAACGAGUGGCCGACAUGGUACAGUUCGUGCGGGGCUUCCUCAGGGACAACACUAUGGACUUCAGUCUUUAUACGUCUCCUCCAAAACAAGUCCUGGAUCAAAGGCAAACACUAAUAGAGGCUAACUUGGUUCCUGCCUCGGUGGUCCACUUUGGCGGUGCGAUGAAGCCAGGGGUACCGCUUCUCCGUGAGGACGUUCUGAGCAUGGUCUCGACACCAGGCGGGGCCACAGCGGCAGCUACGCGGCUGAGGUUUGUUUGA